UCUCUCUCUCUCAUUUAUAACCACCUCUCCUCGCCGUCUCUCCCCUUAAUUUUCCUCCCUCCAUAUCAUGCAACCCCCCGGCGCAUGUUAGCCCUCACCACUACCGCAAAACAGAAAAAAAAAAACUCCUUUUACUUUCUUCUCCUCCUCCUUCUUCUUCUUCUUCUUCUUCUUCUUCUUCUUCACUCAAACAGCAGCUAAUUAACAUGAAUCACUCCAAGCAUAACCAUGAUCGGAUCGUCGUUUCUCUCUCCCUGUCGUUUCUACUCCUCCUAUGGCCAGCGAUUCCCCUCGCCAGAGCUCAGCCGACGGCCCCCAGUACCCCCACAGAUCAGUACAACUACAGCUUCAGCCCUUCCAUGGCGAUCAUCGUCGUCGUCCUAGUCUCCGCGCUCUUCUUCAUGGGCUUCUUCUCCAUCUACAUCCGCCACUGCUCCGACGGCACUCAGAACUCCGUUGGCGUCGGCGCAGUAAACGGCGGCGUUGGCCGGUCGCGGAGGGCGGCGCGAGGGCUCGACGCGGCGGUGAUCGAGAGUUUCCCGACGUUUACUUACUCCGCGGUUAAGGGUUUGAAGAUCGGGAAGGGCGCGCUGGAGUGCGCCGUCUGUUUGUGCGAGUUCGAGGACGACGAAACGCUGCGUUUGAUCCCCAAGUGCGAUCACGUUUUCCACAUGGAGUGUGUCGACACGUGGCUCGAAUCCCACACCACCUGCCCGGUCUGCCGGGCCAAUUUAGUUCCCGAACCUGGCGAGUCGCUCCACCGGCCUGAGUUGUCCGAUAUCGAAGCUCAAAACGACGCCGUUGCACCCGAACCGGAAUUGGAACAGCAAGUCGGAGAGGAGCGGGAACAAUCGGAGGCUAUGGCGGCGCCAGAACAGGAGGUUUUGGAGUUGAACAAGACUUUGAACCGGAACCGGACGCGUGGGUCCCGGUCGAGCCGGAUGAGGAGGCUUUUCCGGCGGCUGCAGCGGGCGUCCAGCUUGGUGCUGUUGCCUAGGGAAGGGAGCUCGAGGCGCGGGUACCGAACCGGCGAGGGAAGUAGUAGAGGGAGGAGUGGCAGGCGGUUGGACCGGUCGGCUAAGUCGGACCGGUGGGUUUUCACUAUGACGCCACCGUUUUUCGGGAGGAUGUCGUCAAUGAAGUCGCCGAAGGUGGCGGCUAAUGACGACGGCGAGGGGACCUCUGCUCCGAUCGUCGGACCGGAUGUGCCAAGAAGUGAUUCGGUCCGGCCGCCGGUUUAAUUUUAGCCUUAAUAUUUGAUUUUGGAGCGUUAAACGUUUGUUAAUGUGACUUUUCUACGCAUCGGUUUUGUAUAAAAUGUGUAUUUAAUUAAAUUUUUUCUUUGUAUUUUUACGUUA